GUAAGCAGUCGACAAAGUAUUAUCGUUGUAUUUGACAGAGUGCCAGAAACGAGUCGAAUAAAAACUCGCACACACACACAGCACACAGUUGAAAAGAAGGAGAUUGCAACGCAAUAUCAAAUCUGAGAUUAGUGGCAACAAUGUCUGGCCAACAAGAGGAAUUGGAGGUGGCAACAAAGCGCUUUCUUACAGGCAGCAGCUAUGAGGGAGCCUGGAAUACUGCGGUUCACAUGAUGGAUGGUUUCGGUAGCUAUCGUUUUCCCGAUGGCAGCGAAUAUCGCGGCAGAUUCGUGCAGGGCAAAUUCCAUGGCUUUGGACAUCUGAAGAUGGCUCAACCAUAUCGUUUUACCAUCAAGGGGGAGUUCGUCAAGGGCAAGCUGGUGAGCAUUGAGGAUAUGUGGUUCAGUGAUGGACUCCAUGUGCAGGGCAGCUUUCAAAAUGGCAAAUUCCACUGUGAUGAUUGGGAUUAUCUCACGCCCAAGGAUCGUCGCUAUCAGGCGGAGCGAUUCUAUGGCCAACAGCCGGUGGGACCCACCUCCUAUUUGACCAGUAAUCUCAUGGAGCGAAAGGUGCCCCAGGAUUGCUUCGAUGUCGAGGAGGGCAUCUUCAAUUCAAAGACAGGCUGGCUGGUGGACAGACCACAGCCCUUCUCCAAGAGUGUCUACGUCAACUGUCCGAAUGAGAAGAAGUGGAUAAUGCGACAUUGUCGUGCUGCCCACAAGGAGCAUAUAAUCGAGCCACCGGCAGAGUUUUGUAGGCAAAUCAUAGGCAACAAUUUGGCAACUGAGGAAGCUCAACUCCCCAACAUUACCAUCUAUGCGCCCAAGAAGAAUAUCAAUCGGGAGCGUUACUAUCCCAAGUUCUACAAGGAGAAACCAGAAGCGAAUCGGCAAACUGCCGACUUUCUUUUUGCUGCCAAUCGACCAUGGAAUGAACCAAAAACAACAACUGAGGUCUGCAUAAACCGUCACUAUGCGAAGGAGCAGGAGAGAUUUGAGGAAUUCACCAAAUGGUGGCAACGCAAUCAUCCCAAGGAACCGAUGCCAUCUAUUGAGCGAGCGCGUCAGUGGACCAGCAGCUCGGAGCCAGAAAAAGUCGAUUCGGGUGCCACAGAAAGCCUUUCUCAGAGUCCCUCGGAGGUGUCUCUUAUUGAGAAUGUCAGGGAUAACUUUGAAACUGCCUUUUGGAUGGCCCAGAAGAAACCCACAGACAAUCUCUAUGUGGUUCAGUCGCAUAUGAAACGACCCAUUAGUUUUGUAGACAUUAAUCGCUCCAUGUUUCAGCUGUAGUUGCGAAUUAAAUCAAUCAGAUCUAUAUAAUCAUGUUAAGAAUUACAUUUGAAAAUGUACAAAAUUAAUUCAAGUAUUGUUUAAGUCUAAUUAUCUGACAAAAAAAAUGCUUAAAAAAUUAAA